AUGCCGCUUGUUGACAACAUUAUUCCAGAACCACUAAGCAACGCCUCGACAUUUGUGCUUAGUUCAAACCAAAGCCAAAAGGAGCCAGAGUCGACUACAACAAACACGCAACUUGAGCAAGGUGGUGUGCAGAAAGUCGUAGCAGAUGUAUCGUCCAGACGAGCAUGCGACAGUAGCUCUUUGUUAAGCAAUGGCAUGCCAGGGCGUCAGUAUCGAAACGGACAGGACGAGAUGGUGCAGUUUAAAGGUCUUUACAUCGUCCGCGGUCCCACUGAGCCCAAGCAUGUGCGCUAUACGAUGGAAAUUGCGGUUGCUGAGCUAAAACUACGAGGGCGCUGCAUCCAGCGGUUCAACAGCUUUUUUCAACUACGCAAGUGCCUUCUUGAGGUGCUUAAGACUUGUCGAGGUCGUCUUCUUAUUCGGAAGAACACGCUACCUCGAGUUGACAACGAGCCGCUAAUGUUGGCCGGUGCAGAGCUGAUGAAAAUACUUACGCGUCCUCGAGGUAUUCAAUGCUCUGAGUGCAAGUCGACGUUUGAUCAGCUCGCUGCCGUUAACUUUCCACGUCGCACAUUAUUCCCCCCCGAGUCUCCAAGAUAUUCACGAGAGAUCUAA